AUGCCGAACCCGGACAGGAAAGAUGGGAAAAUGCAUCAGACGUCUUCCAAGAUAUUGCGCAUGACCGACGAUGAGAGACCCUUCACCCGAGACUUCCAAGACCUAUUCGCCACUCUCAUUACCAGCCUGCCACUCACUCCCCAUCGAGUCAGGUUCUCGAGGGUCGAGGAAACAUUUCUAUCAGAAGAGGCCAUCACGAAUCUCGGCUCACUGAAGUUUUCUCAGUCUAAUCGCAUCCCCGACCCAAAGAACCCAUCAAGAUGGGUCGUCACGACCACGACGACAACCUUUUCCAUGGCCAAGGAGAUGGCUCGCUCAGUGUGCCAACGAUUUGUUGAUGCACGGCUGAUCGAAUCUGCCGAGUCCAAGGGGAACACCAUCUUUGUGAGCAAGGGUGGCGUGUGGCAACUGACGCCAAAGGGAUCUGCUACCCUACACCGCUUCUGCGGUCGAAACGGAAUCAAUGCACGUCACAUUGAGCCCAUACUACGGCGAAAUCAGAUGCAGAUGGUAUCCUUGGAAAGGGACCCAGCCACCGACAAACUUGUACAGGACAGGCCGACGAUCGAGAUCAUAUUCCGCCGAUUUAUGGGCUCAGAAGGCCCCAACCUCAAGAGCUCUACAUCCUUGUCAGACUCUGACUCCGUCUCCGAGUAUGCCUCUGGACUUGUGGGUGUCAAGAUGGCCAAGGAACGAAGAGUGUUGGACAAACUCGUCAACAACAGCUUCACUGGUAAAGCCGCUUCCGACUGGUUACUCGAUUGCUGCACCACCAUCGACCGCAGAGAAACCUACGAAAUGGCAGAAUUGUUUGUGAAGUGGCAGUUGAUGGCACCAGUUGUGGAGGACCGAGCAUAUAUUCGACUGAACCCAAUGGCCACGUACUUCCAACCUACCAAGCAUGCAAUUUACACGAUCACGGAACGGGGACAACGGGUCUGCGGCUGGCUUGCACGGCCUGCGAGCAUUGACAGUGAAGAUAGUCGAGACACAAAGGAUCCUAAGAGUCGACUUGCAAAGGACUCCAACGUCAGCCGAUUGAACGUGAUCCUGCAAGACGCGGCCCUGCGGUUGCUCUUCAAAGAGUUUCUUAGGCAGUCACUCUGCGAGGAGAAUUUGCAAUUUUACUUCGACGUGUCGGACUUUACCACCAAUUACCGAAAUCUUGAUAAGUCUGGAAAGCUAGAACGACCCGAGGCUGUCAGGGAGACCCUCGCUGCGGCAUAUGGUCUCUAUAACUCAUUUCUUGCGUCCGGUGCACCCUCAGAGCUGAACAUCGACCACUCCCUCCGGAAUCGUCUCGACUCACGAAUGAUUCGCACCAACGCUGAUGAUGAAUCCAUGCGUGAGAGUCUAGACGAAGUUGUGGAUUUGUUUGAGCUUGCCCAAAGCGCCGUCUUCAAACUGAUGGCUAGCGACUCUGUGCCCAAAUUCCUCCGAGAUCCUAGGCACGCUGCGGUCCUUCGAGAUCACGAAAUCGACUUGAUCGGCUCGAACCGAGCAAUGUCACCCGCACCCGACCGAACCGUCAGUCGGUCGAAUACACGAUCAUAA